GAGCAUAAUAAUCUCCAAGCUAAGCAUAAAUAACGUACCAAUUCAACUCAACUCAACUCAUCAAGGAGAGGUCACCAUCAAGAAUCCAACUUGGAUGGUAUCAUGGAAGAAUCUGAGACAUAUUUUCCCAGAAGAGUCUCCUCCUCCUCGGCCCCGCCGUCGUUCGGGUCGGACACCACCACUAGCGUCCACGUGACGGCGCUGGACGGGCUGGUGAACGUGAACUCGCUCUUCACAGUCGCCGUCUUCGUGGGCCUAUCUCUCACCGUUCCUGGGCAGAGAAGCCUGGAGGAUCGGACGGCCUGCGACGCCGGCAUCGACGUGGUGAAGAAGCUUCUAGUCUUUGAGGUCGUCUCUUUUAGCUUCUUCCUUUUCUCGUCCCUCGUGGCCCAGGGCCUCAAACUCGCCAUUAAUCUUUUGAACAGCAAAGAUGUGGAUGAGGCCUUCAGGGCCCAUGUCAACUCCAAGGUCUUGAGGCUUGGGAUGAUGGCUUCUGCUGCGGGCUCUGUUAUGGGGUGCUUGUUCAUGAUGCUUUCUAUGGCGAAUGUGAUCGAGAUCAGGCUGGGGAUGUUGUCUUGUGGAAGUAAAUCUGCGGUUCAUUCUGUCUCGGUUUUGGUCGUUUUGGCCACUUCUGGGCUCCUUCUUUAUAUUUCCACUGCUGUGUAUGCUUUUCUGCAAUGAAUUUGGGACUCUGUAUUCUACCACGCACUAGAAUUCAUUCUCCCUUUCCUGUAUCAUUCGAAUAUAUUAUCAUUUAUCAAACUCUUUUGUACUCUUUGUAUUUCAGAACUAUUGUUCUCAUGUGGUACACUGUUACAAAACAAAAAUACUAGAUGUACUCUCAAAAUUAUACUCCCAACUUUUACUCUCAA